AUGGGCAGUGGUCAACUUAGGUGUACAUUUUUCCAGGUGUCUAUUUUACCAGCUCUUGUACUUCACGUUGCGUUCCGUCCCAACGAGUUGCCACAAUCUGAUACUAAAGAAGUAAGUAAGGUUUUAGAAGAUAUAACGAAUUCAUCAGAAAAACGAAAAAUAGUAACCAUGGGAAUGGAUAGUUCUUCCACCUCAAAAAAGAAAAAAAUAACAGAGCAGUCAGAACUUAUUACAUUAGAAGACGCAUUGUCUUACAUCCCUCCUCACGUUACCUACUCUCCUCACGGAACUAUCUCGAAAAAUACUACGCAAGUAGGUGGAAAACCACCGAAAAAGGUUUUAUUGUGGAAAGAUUUCUUCAAUAUGGUGAAUGAACAUUAUUUCGAUAAUAAACAACCAAGGUUCAAAGAGCCACAAUUCAUUGGAAAGUUUAAGGUAACAAAUGAAGAGAUCGUUCGUCAAGCUAUAAAUGUAAAUAUUUUUAUGGUAUUGAAUGAACUCACGCCAAAUUAUGAGUACUCGAUGCGAAAAGUUCUUGGUGAUGGCAAUCCAGAUUACGCAUGCUAUUACUUAGAAAACACCUUGAUCUUGGUAAUAGAAAUAAAAAGAGCACACGUCCUAAGUGAGUUAAAUUCUGGACAAUCACUGCCGGAUUUUUAUGAAACAAAUUCCAGAGCGAAGGAUGUGGUACAACAAAUAUACUACUAUAUGUCAGAGAACCAGUUGCAAUACGGCAUUCUAUCGACAUAUGAUAAUCACUGGUUUGUUAGAAGAGACCACCAACACCUUUACAUCACGGAAACUCUUAUAUUAGGAUCGAUAUCACCAACAGUACUAAAAGCGUAUGCGUUUCUUGCUCAGUUUGCAAAGGACAAUUCUUUUUCGUUACAUCCAAAUAUAAUUUAG